AUGGAUGCUUUCUUGGAGGAGUUUCAACAUCUUAGAAUCCAUCUUCAAGAGAUCAAAUCAGCCACUGACAACUUUGAUGACAAAAAAGUCAUCGGAACCGGUGGUUUUGGGAAGGUUUACCAAGGAGAACUUUCAAGCAUGGUUGCUUUUAAGCGUCUAGAUAACAAAUUUGGUCAAGGGAACUCCGAGUUCUGGAGAGAAAUCAUGAUGCUUUCUCGUUACACGCAUGAAAAUCUAAUCUCUCUACUGGGAUUUUGUGACGAGGAUGGUGAAAAGAUCCUUAUUUAUGAGCAUGCAUCUAAUGGAAGCCUUGAUCGUCAUUUACGUUCCACUACUUUCAUGUGGAUCCAACGUCUCAAGGCAUGCCUUGAUGCUGCAAUAGGGCUAAGCUACCUACAUGAUGACAAGGGCACUCAACAAAGAGUUCUCUGUUGGAAAUUCUGA